UGUCUCAUUAAUUUUGAUUUCCCAACAGAGAUAAGCAACUGAAAAAUGGAAAACAAAAAAAUUUCACUUUCAUUUACUAAAGUUAUUGAAAAGAAAUCUUUGCAACCAUCUGCUCUUAAGCAGGCUCCUGAAAAUGCAAGAAUAAAAAAAGAAGUUAUUGAAACUAUUGAAGAAAACAUAAUAAAGAGUAAUGCUGCUGAAGGAGAAGAAUUGGUCAUCCCAUUAUUACAACGAGACUCAGAAGCUCCGUUGCUUCUAAAGUCAAAGUUCAACCAAAAGAAACGUCAAACAGAACCUACUGAAGAGACAAGUACUGACAAAAGCCCUUGUCGUGAACUUACAUUGGACGAGCAGGCUGAAAAGGCUCUACUUGAAGAGGUGGCAAAUUCUGCUCAUCAAUUAUCAGAAAAACCUUCAAAUUUUAGCAUCCCCAUUGAUGAUGUUGGACCAUCAAUAUCAAACCUGGGAUCUAUACCUACUUUGGACGAUUUUGAUGAGAUAGGAGUUGAACAGUUUGGCGCUGCUCUGCUACGAGGCAUGGGCUGGACUAAAGGUCAAGGAGUGGGCAACUCCCGGAACAGGAAAGUGGUGUCCAUCAUUGAGGCAUCUAAUAAGACUCUUGGUUCCUCGGCAACACGUAAGACGGUUCCUGCAAGUCAAGAUCCUCAUGAACAAGAAGAAACCUUAUCACUUAAAAAAGGUUCCUAUGUACUCCUUAGUGGUGGAAGACAUGAGGGCAACUAUGGUAUGGUGGAGAGUGUUGAAGAGACCCACGUGCUGGUGAAGAAGGCGGUGGGCGGAGCUGUGGUCAUGGAGAUCGAGGGCAACCUCACUCCCGUCACGAAGACUCAGUAUGCAGACUCAAGUAGAGUCAUCAACAAGGAGAUGUUCGACAAGUUCAAGGAUGCAGAAGCAAACAAGAAGAAGAAACGAUCUGAUAAAACGGACGAUAAAAACUUGGAUAAGGACGGUCGAGAUGUCACUGCCAAAGAGAACAAGCAAAUGUAUGAAAGAGAUGGACUGAACAACAACAGGCCAGAACAAAGUCAACUAGACACGCAAAAUGAGACGUAUUCAAUUGGUUCUCAGUCUGAUGAGAAUAAGUUGAAACAUCCAAGAAAAGUCAAACAAGAAAUAACAGAUGAUUACAAUGCUAGUGAGAAAACAAAAAGUUUGAGAACACUGACGUCUGGAAUGCCUGUAGGAGGAAACCAUGACGAUGACGAUAAAUCUAGUGAUAAUUAUUCUGAGAGAGAUCAAAGGCAUCACAAAUUGCAAGAUGCUGUACGAAAUAGAAAAUCAGGUAAAUACCUUGAUGAUCCCCCUGAAUAUAAACUUGAUAGAAGGAAAGAGCACUCAAUGAAUAGCGAUAAAUAUAGCAGAGAGGAAGGAGUCUCAAGAAAACAAUAUGAUUAUGAUAUCUCCGAUGAAGAUAAACCAAGAAAGAAAAAAUCCAGAGACAGCAGAAGAAGAGUAGACGAAUUUCAGCACGAGGUUCGCCAUCAUAAAGAAAGAAUAUCGAAGAGAGAAGAUAAAUCCAGUAAAGAUUAUCUGUUAUCUAAAUAUGGUGAUGCCUCAACAAAUGGAAAUCGAGCUUAUGAAUCUGAUGACAGAGCAGCGCGCGGCACCAUCAGUUCUGCCCCGUGGGUGCGAGAAGGGCUAACUGUUAGAAUAACCAGCGAGCAAUUUAAGGCAGGAAAAUAUUUCAAAGAAAAGGUGGUGGUUGAGAACGUGAUGACAGCCGUGCAGUGCGAGUGUCGCACCAGCAGCGGCAGGCUCCUCAGCGGCGUGCCCCUUGCGGUGCUCGAGACUGUCAUCCCUAAGCAGCAUCCCCGCGUCGUUAUGGUGGUCAAGGGCAGGCAUGCUGGCAUGCUGGGCCGCGUAUUGGAGCAGCACAAGAGCAGCCAGGAAGCGUCCAUCCAGCUACUCGAGGACAAGUCAAUUAUUCUCAAGCUGCAUUACGAACAGAUCUGUCAGUACAAUCAGUGAACAACCCGCGUCAAGUUCAUUAGCUUUCUUUGUAUGAUCGAAAUAUUAUCAUUAGUCAAAAUUUGUCAGUGCAAUCAGCAUCAAAUUUAUUAGGUUACCUUGUACAAUAAACACCAAAAUGGAGUGUCUCAAUUUUCACUGCAGUCAGUGACCAUGUAUCGCAAAGUGUUUCAAUCUAAAUUUAAUGCUCGUCAUCUUAAUUGACAUAAAUUGAACGAUAUAAAUCUUGUAGAGUAAGUGGCAAUCAAAAAUGUUACCACUAGUACUUUUUUUAUCUGUUUAUACAUUUUCAAGAAUAUUUUUCUUGAAGUGAAGAUCAGUACGCAGAGCUAAAAAUUAAGAUGAAAGUUUUUUAAUGCGCGACCAUUCAUGUCAGUAAACACGAGAUUUCAAAUACACGUGUUAAUUUUUGGA